AUGGUUAAAGGUGUUGCUCUGGUGAUGUCAGUCAGAAUGGCUCCUCCUCUUCCUCUGAUCUUUCUGCUCAUGAUUCAGGUGGUUUAUAGUGCUGAAUGGGGUGUGAGUUACAGCUCUUCAUACAUCUGUGCACUAAAGGGGUCAUCAGUGAUAAUGUCCUGCACUUAUAAACACCCUCCUGGAUAUAAGAUCAAGAAAGUGUUCUGGACCAAAACUCUUGUAUUGAACCAUGUGGAGCCUCCAAAUCUGUUUAAUGAGCCUGAAUACAGUCAGAGGAUUCAGUAUCUGGGAGAUAAACAGCAGAACUGCACCAUCAGACUGAAUGAUGUGACACAGAAGGAUUCACACGAGUACUAUUUCAGAUUCACAACUAAUAAACCUGAUGGAAGAUGGAUUGGUGCUCCUGGAGUGACUCUUAAUAUCACAGAUCUUCAUGUGGAGUCUCCUGAGAGCGUGACAGAGGGAGAUACAGUCAGUCUGACAUGUAAAAGCACCUGUAAUCUGACUGACAGAACAACAUUCAUCUGGUGGAAAAACACACAGUCAUUAACUGAGAGAAACAAUAAACUCCUCCUGCAGUCAGUCAGAAGAGAGGAUGCAGGCAGAUAUAGCUGUGCUGUACACGGACACAAACUCACAUCACCUCAUGUUGAUCUCAAUGUUAAAUAUUCCCCAAAGGAGACGUUUGUUGUGGUGAGUCCAUCUGGUGAAAUAGUUUUGGGUGAUUCAGUGACUCUGACCUGCAGCAGUGAUUCAAACCCACCUGUUCUGAACUACACCUGGUUUAAGGAGAAUGAAAGUUCAUCUGUUGGAUCGGGACAGAGUUACAGUGCACUACAGAGUGGCCAAGGAACAAGCUAUGGCCUGCAAGAGAAGAGUUUGAAAUGUUCAGCAUACACAACACCUAAUUUUAAAACAGAAAGUAUUAACCACAACGGCUCAGAGACUGAAAACCCCAAUGCAGCUGCCAACUUAGACAUUGGUAGGGUUGCCAUCUGCUUUGAAUGA